AUGGCUGAUCCAUCAAAUGGUGAAUUCCCACGAGCGGGGAAAACUGGUGAAAUGCGACCCGUAUUUUCAACCGAAAGUAUUCUGCUUAUUAGACGAUUCCAUGAAUCUACUUUGAAGAUUGAAAGGAUAGUAUCGACAGGGGCGUUGUUUUAUCAGGCAGUCCCACAUUCAGUAUAUGACGAGGAUGUCCGCCCGUCUUGGAGAUGUUGUGGGCUCAUUUUACUCCAAACCGUACUUCUGAUCUUUAUCUGGAAACAAUCUGUUGAAGACAAUAGUGACCUCACCGGGUGGGUUGCUGAAAAGCAUGACACGGAUAUGAGGUUAAACUUAUCGAGCCACUUCGCGGCUCCCGAGCGAGUCGCUAAGUCCAGACAGACAGCAGACGAUGUCUACGUCAAGGAGAUUGAGAAAGCAGACUGUACAGAGAAAUCGCACAAGCAUGCGCGAUAUUGUCAGUGA